CUAUCCUGAUUAUUUCAGGUUCGUCUUUUCAUGCUUGCAACAAACCGGAAGCAGCAUCAGGACCAGGCGGGAGAAAAGGAAAAAUAGAAAGGCAGAGAACAUGCAAGUAUUAAGAAGAGUGUCCGCCCUUAGUUUGCAAUAGAUGCAAAGUAGUUGACUGGAAGAUGGCCCACUGCCCAAGACUCAACAACAGCGGCCUGCCUCUGUACCACUUGUCCCGUUUCGGACCCCCCGCCUCUCUGCCGACAGUCCCUGAUGUUAUGGACUUGAACAGGGUGACCACCAUUAUCGGGCGGAACCCUCAGCAGGCGAACUAUGUUCUGGACUCGUCCAACCUGGUCCAGAAAGCUUACAUCUCCAGACUGCACGCACGCAUCAUCCGGGAGGGCAGCCAGCACAAGCUCUACGAUGACAGCUUGAAUGGGGUGUUCAUCAAUCACAUCAAGAUCACAGGUUUUGUUAUUCUAAAUGAGGGUGACCUGGUGACGUUCGGCCAUCCUAAUGGGAAGAACGUUCCAGGUGGAACCAGGAAGAGACAGUCGGAAUCAGAAUAUCAGUUUCUGUUCGGGAGAUGUGACUGUGGACUCUCGGAACUGACACCAGCUACCACACAACAUUGCUCCACACCAACAGCUAUCCCAGAAGUCCAAGUUCCUGUAAGGCCACUUGAGCGAAGGCCAGAUAUAGGGCAGGCAACUGGUGGUAGCCCUUCCCAAAGUCCUUCUCAGUCUGCAAUAAAGAAAGGCCACAUAAAAUCAGAAUCAGCCACCCUUCCAGCUUGUCAGCAAGCACCUGCUACCCAAUCGGACAAAGGGUGUGGAUCUUCACAAGGGGUAAUAACUGCUGUUGAUUCAGAACCAAAGUCAGAAUAUCCUGGUUCCAAGAGAUUGAGAGACAGUUCAGGGGACUUUGAUGAUGUAGUAGCUGUACCAAGUGGUGGAAGUAUUCAAAAUAGCCCAGAAGCAAAGCCUGAUGAAUCUUGUUCCUAUGGCAGUAAAAGUGUCACUAAAGAUGGAACCAACACAGAAGACGCUUUACCUGUCCACAUUGUGUGCCAAACUGAACAUGAUGAGGAAAGUGAUGAAGGCUUCACAGAUGAAGCUCCCAUUGUGGUCAUCGAUAUUUCAAGUGACUCCGAAGAGAAUGAUGAAUCCAUGAAAGAGGAGGACAAUAGUGUCUGUGUUAAGACAGAGCAGAAAGGCUGUGUUGAAAUUCAUGAUAGCGAUACAGAUGCUGCAAGCAAAUGUCUGCAAUCAAGUAGUUCAUGUAUGAGUGAUUGUGGUGAUGCUCAGCCCUUGACAAAAAGAUUGAAAAUUGAGCCUUCUGACAACGAAAGUACUGAUAAAACUUUAUCAACGAAUGCUCAAUUUUUUUGUGCCAAUUCAACUUCUCCUGUGUUUUCAACAUCUGCUCGGAAACGUAAAGUUGUCUCCCAUGGGAAUACCAGAUUAAAGAUACCGAAAAAACAAUGGACAUUUUCUGCCCCAAUUGAAGUUGCUUCUUCCAGUUACAAAGUGGUGGAGUCCUCCCAGGAGAGUUACCCAAGCAGUGAGAGUGAAGUAACAGAGCACAGUUUAUCUCUCUGUAGCUCUCCAGACCCUUCACUUGAAGCAUCAGAGGGUCUUUUAGAACCACAAGGGUCAUUUCAACACUCAGAAGAUGAUGUGGAUCAGUCAAAGAAGGACAUGACCCCUCGAGGUGUUCCAGAACCUUCACUGGAAGCAUCAGAGGGUCUUUUAGAACCACAAGGGUCAUUUCAACACUCCGAAGAUCCCUGUUAUGUGGAGCAGUCAAAGAAGGACAUGACACCUCGAGGUGUUCCAGAACCUUCACUUGAAGCAUCAGAGGGUCUUUUAGAACCACAAGGGUCAAUUCAACACUCACAAGAUACCUGUGAUGUUGAAAAGUCAAAGAAGGACAUGACACCUCCAGGUGCUCCAGACCCUUCACUUGAAGCAUCAGAUGGUCUUUUAGAACCACAAGGGUCAAUUCAACACUCAGAAGAUGAUGUGGAACAGUCAAAGAAGGACAUGACCCCUCUAGGUCAUCCUGAACCUCAAUCAACUUCUGUUGCAGCUUCCAAAGGACUUUCAGUUUCACCGUCUUAUGUACCUCCUGUUAAACUCUCAGAAAUGCCAAAAGAUAUUCCUGAUAUGGAUCAGUCUGUUGAAGAAGACACAAAAGAAACAGAUGUAACGCCUAUUUCUGAAAAGCCAAUGAUUGCUUCUGUUGUUGAUUCAGAACCCAUGCAAUCAACCUCAGCUGAAUCUGUAGAAACACCAGCAGAUGGUGGAGAGCAUUUAGUAGGACAGAGACAAGAAUCUCAUAAGUCCCAGGUGUCAGAAACCCAAACAGGUAGUUCUGUGCUGCCUGUGUCUUCACAUGCUGAUGGAGAAUCCACUGUUCUCCCCUCAACUGAAUCUUUAAAACCACCAAGGGAUGAUGGUGAUGUUUCAGAGGAAGGAGAAAGUCCUACACAUGAUACUGUACAGGAAGUAGUCCAACAGGAUGAUGGUUCAAGUCAACAUCCACCAUCAGAGCCAGACUGUGGUGACAUCCAAGGUACAGAGAUCAAUACACUGAAAGACCAAGCUGAUUCUGAAAGCUCUGUGAUUGGUAGUGGUGGAAUUACAGAUUCCAAAUACAUCUUUCAGGAAUCCAGAUCUUAUGACAUAGGUCAAGCAGAUAAUGAGUCAAACCAGGAUCAUGAUACCUCAAGUAAUGGUGUUGGUUCAGAAGGGAAUGACAAAAUGUCCAUUCAGGUGACAACUGAACCUGUCCUCAACUCUCUCCAGCAAGAACAAACCCUUUGUGCCAGCAGAGAUGUUUCAAAUCCUGUUCCUUCCGAUGAGGUUGACAGCAUAGGUCAGUCCUCACUAUCUUGUGAAGGAGACAUUAGUGGAAGUACAACUGGUGGUUUUGGAGGACAUGAACAAACUGGGGUAGAUGGAAGAGGUGUUCCUGAUCAAAAGGUAUCUCUUCCCAGUGUGUCUUCCUCUCCAGAAUGUUUGGAGAAAGGUGGUCAUGUCCCCGAGCAGCCUGAGUCAAGUGUGGUGUGUGAACAAGAUGCAGUGCCAAGUGCACUGUGUGUGCCAACAAAUUCUGUGUCAAAUGUGGUUUGUGAUCCGACAGAUUCUGUGCCAAAUAUAAUAUGUGAUCGAACAGAUGCUUCAGUUUGUGAACAAACUGAUACUGGGCUAAGCUUGAUGUGUGAACGUAGAAAUGGUUUUCCAAGGGUGGGGUGUGUGCAAUCAGAUGAUGUGAGUGAAAGGACAAAUUGUCUCUGUGUUGACUUGAAAACUGCUGUGCACAAAGAGGACGAGAGUGAUGUUGGAAUGAAUGCUUGUGAGUCGAGAUCCGUUCAUGGUUCUGGUGAACAUUCUGUGUUUGAAGAUUCCAAAGAAAAUUGUGCUAGAGUGGUCCCUGUCAUUAAAGAAAUCCAUACCAAGGGAGUUUUGUCUCAGGAUAAUGUUGAAACUCAGUGCAGAAACAGAGGUCCUGACAUUGUAGACUCCUUGGACCAAAUCACACCCAUCACAAGACAGUUAAGUAUUCCUAGGGAAAACAGUCCCAUUCUGGUGGAAGACCAACUGUUAUCCUCAGUAGAAAGUCAGCCUAUCCCGAAGGAGGAGGUAUUCCUUGUUGCUGCAACUGAAGAAAUUAAGGAAAGGAUUUGUUUGGAGAAAGAGGAGUUGAGCAAAUCCACAACAGUCACAGAUGGGCAGGGCAGACACUCUAAAGACAAUGUUUCUCCUCUCACUGAUGUAGAUACCGAUGUGGUCAUAAAUCCCAGUCACAUUACAUAUACACAUCCUAGUCAGAGUGGGUAUUCAAAAUCAGAUGUGCCAUCAGAAAACAGUUAUUUGAAAGCUCAAAUAGCUGUGGAGGGUACUGGCAAAGAAGUGAAGAGGGAGGCUCUAAAAGUGCAUAGUGAGUCUUCUGACUCUGAUGAUAUGGUUAUGUCGUUCUCACCUUGUAAGGUAGUUACAGUGGAGUCUUCUGGAGGUGAAGAGGUUCUGAAGGAAAUGCCUGGAAAGGUAGUGACGAUAAUUGAGUCAACUGAAGAUGAAGAUGCUGCUGUGAAUCAUUCUUCAGGGACGGUAGUGACCACAAUUGAUGAAGAUGAAGAUUUAGCUUUUAUUGACUGUCCAGAGAAUGUAGUGACAAAAAUUGAGUCAACUCACGAUGACGAUUUAGCUUUGAACUCACCUGGGAAGACAGUGAUGACAAUUGAGUCCACUCAAGAUGAAGAUGUUGCUCUGAAUCAAUCACCAGGGAUGGUAGUGACCACAAUUAAGCCCACAGAAAAUGAUGAUUUGAUUGUGAUUGACUCGCCUGAGAAGGUGAUUACAGUGGAGUCGACUGAAGAUGAAGAUGUUGCUCUGAAGGCCUCACCUGGGAAGGUAGUGAUGACAAUUGAGUCCACUCAAGAUGAAGAUGUUGUUCUGAAGGAAUUGCCUGGGAAUAAAGUGACAAAAAUUGAGUCCACUCAAGGUGAAGAUUUAGCUGUAAUUGGCUCGCCAGGGAAGGUGAUUAUAGUGGACUCGACAGAAGAUGAAGAGGUUGUGAAAGACUCACCUGAGAAGGUGAUUACAGUGGACUCGACAGGCGAUGAAGAGAUUGUUCUGAAGGAAUUGCCUGGGAAGGCAGUGACGAUAAUUGAGUCCACUGAGGAUGGAGAUGCUGCCCUGAAUCAUUCACCAGGGAUGGAAGUGACCACAAUGGAAUCCACUGAAGAUGAAGAUUUGGCUGUGCAGGACAGGCCUGAGAGGCUGGUGACAAAAGUUGACACAGCUAAUGAUUUACCUUCGAUGAACUUGCCUGGAAAGAUAGUGACGAUAAUUGAGUCAACUAAAGAUGAAGAUGCUGCUCUGAAUCAUUCGUCAGGGACAGUAGUGACCACAAUGGAAUCCAUUGAAGAUGAAGAUUUAGCUUUUAUUGACUCUCCAGAGAAUGUAGUGACAAAAAUUGAGUCAACUCAAGAUGAAGAUUUAGCUUUGAACUCACCUGGGAAGACAGUGAUGACAAUUGAGUCCACUCAAGAUGAAGAUGUUGCUCUGAAUCAAUCACCAGGGAUGGUAGUGACCACAAUUAAGCCCACAGAAAAUGAUGAUUUGAUUGUGAUUGACUCGCCUGGGAAGGUGAUUACAGUGGAGUCGACUGAAGAUGAAGAUGUUGCUCUGAAGGCCUCACCUGGGAAGGUAGUGAUGACAAUUGAGUCCACUCAAGAUGAAGAUGUUGUUCUGAAGGAAUUGCCUGGGAAUAAAGUGACAAAAAUUGAGUCCACUCAAGGUGAAGAUUUAGCUGUGAUUGGCUCGCCAGGGAAGGUGAUUAUAGUGGACUCGACAGAAGAUGAAGAGGUUGUGAAAGACUCACCUGGGAAUGUAGUGAAAAAAAUGGAGCCAACUCAAGAUGAAGAUUUGGCUUUGAUGAAUUUGCCUGGGAAGGAAGUGAUGACAAUUGAGUCCACUGAAGAUGAAGAUUUGGCUGUGAUUGACUCACCUGAGAAGGUGAUUACAGUGGACUCGACAGGCGAUGAAGAGAUUGUUCUGAAGGAAUUGCCUGGGAAGGAAGUGAUGACAAUUGAGUCCACUGAAGAUGAAGAUUUGGCUGUGAUUGACUCACCUGAGAAGGUGAUUACAGUGGACUCGACAGGUGAUGAAGAGAUUGUUCUGAAGGAAUUGCCUGGGAAGGCAGUGACGAUAAUUGAGUCCACUGAGGAUGAAGAUGCUGCUCUGAAUCAUUCACCAGGGAUGGAAGUGACCACAAUGGAAUCCACUGAAGAUGAAGAUUUAGCUGUGCAGGACAGGCCUGAGAGGCUGGUGACAAAAGUUGACACAGCUAAUGAUUUACCUUCGAUGAACUUGCCUGGAAAGGUAGUGACAACAAUUGAGUUGACUGAAGAUUCAGCUGUUGUCAUGGGUUCACCUGGGAAGAUGGCCACAGCAGUGGUUUCCACUGAGGAUGAAGAUGUUGUUGAGGACUCAUCUGGGAAGGUGAUUACAGUAGAGUCCACUGAAGAUAAAGAUUUAGCUGUGAUGAACUCACCUGGGAAGGAAGUGACAACAGUGGACUCCAAUUUACAAGCAUCACGCCUACAGCCAAGUAAAUGCGGGAUACAUCUUGAGACUACAUGUGACAAGAAUAGUGACUUUGAAAAAGAUAUGUGUUUAUUAAGUGACAACAUGAAGGAAAAACCAAAAGAAGAUUUAUUUCAUGAAAAUAUGGAUGCUGAUGUCUCUCAAAUUGAAAAUGUAAUUGCCCACCAAUUUGAUACUGAGCAGCAACAUUCUGCUGAUGAAGACAGGAAACAUGUGAAGAGCAGCCAAGAGCCCCAUGAUGCUGAUGUUCAAGAAGUAGUUACUCAAGGUAUUAGAGUCCGAGACAAUGACAACUGUGCCCUAGAGAACAUUGUAGCAGGCUGUAGCACCACUGUGCUUGAACAUAAUGUUGAGGGCACACAUAUGACAGACGGAAUGAAUACUGCUUUGGAAGAGAAGACGGGCUCUCAAGAAAGUGGUAGCCUCAGUGCAGCCUCAGUGAAUCAUAUUUCAGAUUCAGCCAAAGGUACAGGAUGUGAAGAAGUGAAAGAUGUUGCACACGCUGAAAUGAUUCAAAGGAGCAAUGGUAUGGAACCAUCAAAAUCAGAUGGUGGCCACAUCCUGAAGGUGGAUGUUGAUACUAUUGAGGAUGAGGAUGAAUUGUCUCCUGUCAUUCCUCAUCAAGAACCUUUUAAGAGUCCCAAGAAAAGUGAACCGAAACAAGAAGACUCUGCUCCAUCUGAACUUGAGUUCUUCCCAGAGUCUCAACCAGAUUUCCAUCUCUACCUCAGUCAGGCAGAAGAGUCGGCUGCAAUGAUGCCUGAUAACUCUGAAAGUCAUGGUGACAGUGAUACAUCUCUGAGUUUGUAUGAUGAGGUGACGGGCCAAGAUCGAGAAAGUCAAGGUGACAAUGAGGCAGAGGAGACAACGAUUGAAGGCCAAGGUGACAGGCAGACAGAUGUUACUACAAGUGAAAAUCCUCAAUGUCAAGGUGACAUGCAGACAGAUGUGACUGCUAGGAAAGACUCUGAAGGUCAAGGUGGCAAUGAGGCUGAUGUGACUGCUAGUGAACAUCAAGGUCAAGGUGACAAUACAGCUGAUGAGACUACUAAUGAACAUCCUCAAGGUCAAGCUGACAAUGAAGCAGAUGUGACAACAUUUGAUGACACUGAAGGUCAAGCUGACAAUGAGGCUGAUGUGACAAUGAGUGAAGGUCCUGAAGGUCAAGCUGACAAUGAGGCUGAUGUGACAAUGAGUGAAGGUCCUGAAGGUCAAGCUGACAAUGAGGCUGAUGUCACCGUGAGUGAAGACCCUGAAGGUCAAGCUGACAAUGAGGCUGAUGUCACCGUGAGUGAAGACCCUGAAGGUCAAGCUGACAAUGAGGCUGAUGUCACCGUGAGUGAAGACCCUGAAGGUCAAGCUGACAAUGAUAUUAAGUCAGAUGUGACAACAUUUGAGGACACUGAAGGUCAAGCUGACAAUUAUAUUCAGACAGAUAUGACAACAUUUGGAAACCCUGAAAGUCAAAGCAACAAUGAGGCAGCUAUUAAAGCAUUGGGAGCCCCUGAAGGUCAAGAUGACAAAUGUGCAACUGUGAUAAAGCCAAAUGUGAAGGUUAAAAAUCAAAGUGAUGAAGAGGUCACAUCUAUGUUGCCAAAUGAGCCAGAAGUGGACACUGAAGGUCAUGGUGACUAUGAGGCUGCUUCUGUCUUGUCAUAUGAGACACAAGUGGAGGAUGCUAUAGGUCAUGGUGGCAUUGAGGCCAGUUUUGUUUUGUCAAAUGAGCCAGUAGCUGAGAACCCUGAAGGUCAUGGUGACAAUGACACAACUGUGAUUAAGCCAGACAUGGCAAUAGUUGUGGGCCUUGAAGGUAGAGAUGACUUUGGAUCUUGUGGUCGUCCUCGUUCAGAUGUUUUUCAGACAGAGCAAGGAGAACAAACUGCAUCAGAACCAUCUGAGACACGUGGGGAAAACUCAGCUCAAGAAACGGACGUACUUUCUCUGAAAGUAACUAUGAAUGAUGAAACAGACAGGAGAACCCUAAAGGAAGAGGGUCCAGUGUCACAAAACAGAAGCGUAUCUCAACAAAAUGAAGCUUUUGGAUACAAGUCAAAAAUGGAGGUGGAUAAUUCUACUCACAGUGUUGCCAUGAACAAAGGAUCACUUGUCACUGCAGGAAGCAGUUUGCUAAGUCAUGGUGACAAUCACAUACCAAUCAUUGAUAAAAUGUUUACUGUUGCAUGCAGUAAAUGCUCAUUUGAAAAAUCACCAUUGUUUGGAACAAGAAGAUUGCAAAGUGAAAGUAGUGACUGUAUGACUUGUGCAAAGCACAUUUCUGUGCCAUUAGGGCAAGCUGCAAAAUCUGAUGUGGAUAAAACCAAACUCCAUGAUGAAAACAAGCAUGGCAAUUGCAUUAGUAAGCAGAUUAUCCAAAAAGACAAAGAUCAAGAAGAAACAUUUGAAUUCAGUUUGUUGGGGACGGACUUCUCAGCAUCAACACCAAAAAGUUCAUCAGUUUCGGAUUCGUUAAUCGUGAACUGUGAUGGCCUGUCAUACCAGGACAUCUCAUACUCAGUAGAACCUGGCCUCAGCACCACCACAGAUGUUGAAGAGACUUCAGAGACUGAACAGGAUCCUGAAGGAUCUUGUCAAGCUGGAGCUGAUGUGGAAUUACAAGAUAGCAGUGAGUGUCAUGCAGCAGCUUCUGAUGGUGUUUUGCUGACUGAGAGUAAGGACUUUAACAAGAGCAGCCAUAUCAGUAAUAGGAAGGAGAUGAUGAGAUCAUGCCGGUUGUCAGAUGAGACUGAGCUGCACCUUCAGUUGUCUGGUAUUGAGAGUCAGACAAGCAAUGUGGAAUCAUGCUCAGGACUUACCAUCUCUCAACCAGAACUAACACCUUCACCAACAGGAACCCAUGAUGCUGACGAUGUGAAUGAAACUGUUGCAGAGGGUGACAAUGAUGUAGCCAGACCAGCAGCGAGCCCACACAAGCUUGCUUCAGAAGAGGAAACACUGAUCUCUGAUGAAGAUCUUCACUUGGUGAUGACUACAUCAGAUGAAAGUCAGCUUCACAAUGAUUCUGCUCUGUCAGCAGAAAGUACUGAAGUUUUCUUUGUGAGUCCUGUUAUAAAAUUCAAGGCAUCAAAGGAAACUGAGAGUUCAACAAUGCUUGGAACAAUUUGUGAAGGUGAACCCUUGUGUUCUUCCUCUACUGAACAGCGUUGGAUCCCCUCUGCUUCCGAGCUUGACAGUAGUCAACUGAACUUGUUGCAGGAAAUAUCCCAGUCUUCUUGCAAUAGCGACAAAGGUGAGCUCACUGCAGAAAGCAUUGCCCUUGAGACAAUCACUGAUGAUAACAGUACAUGUACACAGGAAUCCAUGAUGAGUGGCAUUGCUCCUUUAGAGUUGAGUGUUGAUGCUGAAGAGUCUGAUGAAGAAACUGAAGAGGCAUCACAGGGAACGUCUUUCCAUCAUGAACAGAAAGUUGAGACAUCACUGACUUCUUCACUUCCUUCAGAAAGUCAUCAUGAGACUGUUUCAGGAAAUUUAACAGUAGGGAGACACAGUAAGGAAACAAAAGACCAACCUUGUGGCCAAGAAUAUGGAUUUGCUAAAUAUGGAGAUACAGGUGGUGCUGUGAAGAUUGUGAGGAAAGACAUAAGCUCUAGAUCUGACUCUGGGUGUGAUGACCAUACUACCAAGGAGCAACCUUCAACGAUCGGUCUUUACAGAUCGAUUUCUGAUUCAAAGCCCACCUUCAUAGCAGAACCACUGUUCAGAGUUGAUGACAGUAACACCAUCAUAUUUGAUGCAAUUGAGGAUAUACAAAGGUCAGAAAGGAAACCCAGUUUGGAUGAAGAUCAAAGCUUUCAUGAAAAAUCAAACAUGGGUGAGGUGUCCAGUAGUGUUGAUAUGGUUGAGCAAGAACAGGCUUGUCCUCUGUCCAGCUCUCCAAGUGCAGUAACUGAUGGUGAAGCUACUGAGAAAAGAGACAACAUGUCUGCCAUGGACCUCAAGAGUGCAGGUAAUAGAACAACUUUACUGCAGCCACAAUGUUCAGUAAGCGAGUCACAAAAGAGCUUAUCACGUGAGGUUCAUCAUAAUUCAGAUGAAGUACCAGAUUUGGAUUACUCCCCAGAUCCUCAGGAGCCAGGACAUGAGCAUGAUAAGGUGACAUCACGUUUGGUAGAUGACCGUCAUGCCACAGAAAUUUCAAAUAAGACUAAUGAAACGGAUAUCACUUUGGAGGUGAAUGAAUAUGGUGCUAUUUCAUCAAGAGCUGUGGGUAGUGAAAAGGUUAAAAUUGAUGAUGGGGUAGUUCUGACGAGGAUGAAGAUGAUGAAUUAUGUUGACAGUGUUCCUGAUUCGGAAGACAGUUUAGCAAUAACUGAUCUUCGGGAUGACAUGCCAAAGGAGCGUGAACAUUGUUCCUUGUCGCCAACUGAUAGCAGACAAAUGAGUGGGCUAAACAAGAUGACUACCUUCGACAAGAGCUGGGAUGAGCUUGAUGGGCUGUCUGAAGAACAUCUUCCGAACUGUAAUCUGGAUGCACAGGAUUCAAGCCCGUUCCCUGCUCCCAGACUUGACGAUACAAAUGUUGAAGCUGGAAAAAUGGAUGCCAGUGUUGAUGACUCUGAACUUGUUACUGAUGAUGUCAGAGGAGGUGGUGUUGCUGAAGGAACUUCACACCUACCUCAUGGUUCAUCACCAGAAGAACAAUGCAUGCCAAUCAUUGUGGAAUGUUGGUCUAAUGCUCCACACAGCAGAAAACGUAAAGCAUCAGAAGACAGAGCAGUUAAAAAGAGGUCUUGCCGUGCAAGUUUGUCUUUAAAAGCAUGUUUAGGGAGUAAAGUUGCAGAAUUUUUCUUGAUCAGAGAAAGAGUCAAAACUUUUAUGCCAUGUAAUCCAAUCAGUGACAAAGAGACAUCCAUGGCUUGUCAGAAUAGUGGUCAGGCUCAGGAGCAGAACAGCCUCCGUAAAGGGAAGCAAGGCCUCUGUGAUGACAAGCAAGGCCUUAGUGAUGAAAAGCAAGGCCUCAGUGAUGACAAACAAGGCCUCUGUGAUGUCAAGCAAGGCCCCAGUGAUGACAAACAAGGUGCUGAGCAACAACAUAUCAAAGAUGAUAAUCAUGAGUUUGGUGCUGAGCAACAUGGGCAUCAGGAAACAAGAAAUGAACAAAGCAUCAUAAUUGAUGGGGACAGUUCGAACAGAGAAUCAAAUCUCAUUAACGUCAAGCAGAAGAUGACUUCAACCUCUCAUGCAGUGUCCCAUGAUGUAGACGCAGCUGGAGAUGGUGAAACUGCAGUGGAUGUUGACAACAUCAAAGAGGAAGUUGAGGUAAUAGAAUCCCCUAUUCUAGAUCCUGCGAUAGAUGUACAUGAAGGAACAGUAGGGUCUGCAUCUGCCGGUGUGAUGGAGAAGAUUUGUGAGAGUGUUGAAGCAAAACAAGGCCCUCUUGGGGGAUUAGAACAUCCUUGCAUUAUUGUUGAUGGAGAUGAAGUUAUUGUCAUUACAGACUCAGAAGAUGAAGUAGAGACUGACAACAUCCUUCCCAUGGAAACAUCAAAGAGUGACCCUCCUGGUGGUGACAAGAUGUUUGAUCAGGAUGACGAUAUGCUUCUUGAGAAGACAUCAAAGAGUGACAUUACUGAAGGAAGCAAACAGAUGUACAAUCAGGAUGGCGAUGUUCUUCUGAAGGAUACCUCAAAUAGUGACACAUUUGACGGAAGUGAGAUGUUUGAUCAAGAUGGCGGGGUUCUUCUGAAAGAAACAUCAAAUAGUGACACUCUUGAAGGAAGAAAAGCAAUAUUUGAUCAAGAUGGCGAGGUUCUUCUGAAAGAGACAUCAGACAGUGACACGCUAGAAGGAAGCAGACAGACAUGUGAUCAGGAUGGUGAUGUACUUCUGAAAGAGACGUCAGAUAGUGACCCUACUGAGGGAGGUAAAGAGACGUACAAUCAGGAUGACGAUGUACUUCUUAAGGAAACACCAAAUAGUGACAUGCCUGAAGGAAGCAAAGAGAUAUUUGAAAAAGACAAGGCCAUCUCUCGAGAAGAAACAUCACAUAGUGACACAUCUGCAGAAAGUAAAAGUAUGUUUGAAAAGGAUGGAGAUAUGAAACUGGAAUGUGAUGAAGAAAGUUUUUGUACAGAUGAAGACAAACCAGAAACAGAAAGUGAAGAGACAUGUGAAGGGAGUUGGAAGGAUGACCUCGAGGAUGAGACCACAGAGACGAGCGCAGAUACCUCUGGAGACAGACUGAUAGACUCGGACGAUUUUGAGGCAUAUACUGAUGAAGACACCCCAGAACCUGUGCUGGAGAUGGAUGCAGACACAGAAGAGGACCCAGUGCAUCUAUCUGACACUACUGAAGACAUCCUGGACACAUCAGAUCAAAGGUUGUCCAAUUCAUCGCAGGAUGACAAAUUAAGACCAGUACCCGAACAUAGUACUCCGCCUGCCCGUCUACCCAGUCCUGGCUUAACUGAUGAGCACAGAUCGGGCAGUGAAUUGGUCCAGUCAGGGAAGUUGCCUGACACAGGUUCAGGGAAAGAAGCAGACACCGAGAGCACUCCCACUGAUGCAACAUUGAGUCUGAGCAGCUCCUUAAGUGUCCACACCCUUGAGAGUGACUAUGACAGUGAUAGUGAUGUGUACAUCACUGAGUGUAGGCUUGUGGUCAAAGAGCCUGCUGUGAAGACGGAGCAUGAGGAUGAGGAUGAUGAGUCAGACUGUGGGAAAGACGGGAGGCGUUCUUCCAAGAAACCAGACUCAAGCCUUGAUCGUGGAGAUGGGAUUCAGAAGGUGGACUGUUCAAAGAUGAAGUCUGGGAAAUCAGGAAAAGUGCAUAUGCAAAAGACUGAUGUUGCUGACAGCUUGUUUGAUAAGCAGUUGCUCAGUAAUUGUGCAGUUGUUCAUUUGAAUGACAGUUCAGGGUUUGACAUCAAAGAUCAAGAGGAUCCUGAAAUUGAUGCUGAUGAAGGCCUUAAAAUACCUCCCCAGAACAAGCAAGAGUCAGACAGUGGAAGCUGUCUAGCUGAUGACACUGUGGAUGCUGAGGAUGCACCUGAUGAGCCAGAAGAAGACCAACCAGCACUUGGGGCCUCUGCAACACCUGGGGCCUCUACAACACCUUGGUCCUCUACAACACCUUUUCUUUCUGCAACACCUGGGUCCUCUGCAACACCUGGAGGACCACCUGGGUCUUCUGCAACACCUGAGUCCUCUACAACACCUUUUCCUUCUGCAACACCUGGGUCCUCUGCAACACCAGGGUCCUCAGCAACACCUUUUUCUUCUGCAACACCUGCUUCCUCUGCAACACCUGGGUCCUCGGUAACACCUGCUUCCUCUGCAACACCUGGGUCCUCGGUAACACCUGCUUCCUCUACAACACCUGUGUCGAUUCCAGUACAUCUGGAGAUGGAUUUCUCAGAAGAUGUGGACAAUACCAGCAGCCCCGGGGUGGAUGUGCACAACAUCAUCGCUGGUUUGAUUGAGCAGGACAUCAGCGACACAGAUUCGGGCAGGAGAGACAGAUCAGCUUCCCUUGAUGAUAUUUUUGAUGAUACCUGGAACUACAACAGCAAUUUUGAACCAGAGACUGAUAAGACUGAUACUGCAGACAUCACCUUGGCUUUAGUUGAUUCUGAUGACAGAACAGCUUCAGCAUCAAAUUCUGACAAAAACAAUCAGGUUUUCUUAAUCAAUCCAACAGAAGAACUCAUAGAUAUGCGCUGUACAUCAGUGGGGAGAAUCACCCCGGAGGCUCGCAAGGAAGCUGAACGCGCCACAUCUGUCACCCCUGAGACGAAAGAAAAGAGACAGGAAAUGUCCGGGGCUGGUAAGUCCUCUAGUCAUGGUAGCUUUGAUGAAGAUGGAGAGCGGUCAUCAUCCACUACUGGCAUUGCGGCAUCAACUGAGGAUGAUGAUAAUGUUGAAGAUUUUCCAAUGCUGUCGACUCCGAAAAGGAGGAGGCUGAACAGACAGGAUAGUCAGGAAUCGCAUUCAGAACGGUCCUGUGUGGGAGAAGUCAUUUACAGCUCAGAUGAAGAUACUGAAAACUCAGUGGCCAUAUCAGAUCAAGAUCAACAAUUCGGCCACAUUGGGAAUACGAAAAGUGAUGGUGUAGAAGAUGAAGCUUGUGCCAGCGAGAACUCGCGUGAAACUGACAGCAUCAGUGAAGCCCAGCCUGGUGUGUCUCGAGUGAAUGCUGAGACCCUGAGUGAUCAAAGGAUGUUUAUGUCUAUGGAUGACCUGUCCAGCACCCAGCUGAGCCAGUUGGACAGAAGGCUGUCUGCUGCUCCUGAGGAAAAUCUAAAGAAUGUAAGGCGUAGAAGUUUAUUGGAUAAAAUUCGGGCCAAGCGUAAGAAUCGUCAGCAGUGCGAAAAGACAACACAAGACAAAGGUGAAAUCAAAGACAAUAAUCUCCUCAGUCCACAGAAUGAUGUCCACAGCGAAGUAUUGGAUUCAUUGAAUAAGGUGGAGGAUUACUUGGUUAGGGGCAAGAGGAUCCUGUCUAUACUGACCGAUGCAUUCAACACCUCACACCUCCACAGCAACCCGACAGUCCAAACAUGGCGGGAUGAUCUGCAGUUGUUACACAAGAGCGUACAGCUUCCCCCGACCGUCAUAGCUGUAGUGGGCGACACUGGAGCGGGGAAAUCGUCCCUGUUGAACGCCCUGCUCAAUCAGCCAUGUGUUCUCCCGACGUCCGGAGUACGAGCCUGCACAGCCGUGGUUGUGGAGAUCGUGGAAAAUACACGCAACCAAAACUACGAGGCCGACAUUCAUUUUCUCUCAAAGGAGGAGUGGCAUGAGGAGCUUGAGGUCCUCCUGAAGGAUCUGACCAAGAGAGACGGCAGCCUGCAGAAGGGACAACCUGACCCCACAUCAGAGGCGGGCGUGGCGUAUGCCAAGGUGCGAGCUGUGUACGGCAAAGUGAGCAAGAUGAAAGUCCUCCUCAAACAGACUCACAUCACACAAUGGCUCAACAGGGUGAAGAAAAUCAGUGUCCAAUCUGCCAGACAUCUCCGUGAAGCAGUCAACAGCUACAUUGAGAACACUGACAAUGGUUCAAGGGGCGAGCAGUUUUGGCCAAUAGUAAAGAGAGUGAAGCUGUACCUCCCGUCAUGUGAUGUUUGCAGUAGCGGUGCCGUCCUUGUCGACCUGCCCGGAGUACGCGACGCCAAUGCCGCUAGGGAUAAGAUAGCCAAAGAGUACUUGAAGAACUGUACCUCGGUGUGGGUAGUGGCCAGCAUCCACCGUGCGAUUGACGACCACACUGCCAAGGAUCUCCUCGGGGAGAACUUCCGCCGCCAACUGCUGAUGGAUGGCCAGUAUGGCAGUGUGGCUUUCAUAUGCACCAAGACGGACAGUCUGAUCCCAUCUGAGCUGAAGAAGCUGACUCCUAACUUUGAGACUCUGAAUGAUCAGCUGAAGGCAGUUAAGGAGGAGUUGAAUGUCCUUGAAUCCCGUAAGAUACGCCUAAAAAAAAAGCGCAAGGGGCAGGAGUCGGAGAUUGCUGCAAUGAAACGGGACUACCAGGGGUGGAAGAAGGAACUGGAUCAGGAGCCGCUAUCCUUGGACGAGGAGGAGGAAAGUGAUGCAAAGAAACAGAGUGUGGCUGAGGUGCAGCAGGAGUUGGAAAAUAUGGAUGUCGAUAUACAGCAGAAGGAAGCAGACGUGACAGAUCUCAUAGUCCAGGAGGGGGAGGUGGCUCAACAGAUAUCUGUGAAGACAGAACUAAGGGAUAUUCAUCAAAGGAAACUGGUUUCCAUGUGCGCAAAAGCACGGAAUGAAUAUUCCAAGAACCAGAUAAGGAAAGAUUUCCGAGCAGGAAUAAGGGAGCUGAAGCAGAAGUCUGCUAGUGUGUUCAUGGGGGAGGAGGAGGAAGACAUCCUGGACUAUGACGACGGGGACGGGGACGGUGUUGCCGACGAGGACAUGGGCAACGUUGUGGAUAACCUGAAGGUGUUCUGUGUCAGCUCGACCGACUACAUGAAGAUGACCAGUCUGCUGACUGAUGUGGAUGGGGCACCGCAGGUUUUCAGCACCCCCGAGGAGACCGAGAUCCCAGCAUUGAGGGAGUUCGUCCAUGCAACCUCGCUUCAGCGGCGGGAUCGGGGAGUGAGGCAGGUCGUGGAGAAACUUGGACAUUUUGUGUUGGAUCUGGAUAAUUAUCUCAAGAUGUCGGGACAUAAUGGGAAGGGAGGAGGCAAGGUUCAGCCUGUGGUGACGAAGCAUGUGACAGCCCUGCUGCAGAGGGUCGACCCAAUCGUGUCCCAGCUCCGUGAAGACAUCCUAGGGCUGUUCGACAGCCUCCUGAAUCCCUACAUAGAGGCUGGAUCCCAGAUGGCCUCUCAGCAGGCCCCAGCCACCAGUGACAGGUGGGGCAGCAAGGUGAACAAAGAAAACCGGCACCUUGGUGGACUGGCCUUCAUGACGUAUCGAGCAACGGUGUCGAGACAGGGCAGGUACAGCUCGCCAACAGCCGGAAUGGUGGACUUCAACAUCGAGCUGGCCGAGCCCCUCCUGGUCGCGGUCACCUUUUGCUGGAACAAGGUCUUUGGGUCUCUCUUCUGGAGCACACUGGAGAAGGUGAAGACAUCCAUGAGUGCCGCACUGGCAGCCUUUACUGAUGACAUCAAGAAGAACUUGACUCUCAUCGGCUUCGACAGACUUCAGAUAGAGGGCGUCAUUCAUCAGAUUCUUCGGAAUGCCACCGCUAAGCUGAACGAAAUGGUUGAGCUGAUGAAAGAUUAUGUAACAAGCCAACAGAGGGAGAUCUCAAGAAUUAUUACCCCUAAUAUACAGGCAGCCAUGUUGAAUGCCUAUGAGAAGGCGAGUAGAGAACAUGGUGCUGGAUGCUACAACCGGAUGAAGCAGAUGAUGGCCGGUCACAUCGACAGCAGUCGCCACGGCAUGUUUCAUAACACCGUGCAAGAGAUAAAGAAUAGACUGUCAAAACUACAGGUGAGCGUGGUGGAGAAAGUGAAGGGCGUGUUGGUGGCCCUGUGCCGGGGCUUCAAGGUGGCAUUCGAACCGCUGUGGCAGUCUCGAGACAGCUGUCUGGAUUUGAGACAGAACUUCUCAGCAGGUGUGUCCCAGUGCCUCAUCGAGCUCCAUCAGCUCUUCCAGGACUGUGGUCUCCAAUUCCCCGCUCUGACGCCAGACAGCGUGGCAGAACCUAACGUGGCCGAGGUUGCUGCUGCAGAGGAGACUGUGGACGAUGUGUUGGGAGCUCUUCGGCAUGAUGUGGAGGACAGUCUGAAACGCCUGGAGGAAGAACCUCAAGGACCAGGAGUGAAACAAGAACCAUUGCCAUCGAUUGUGUCGGAGUCACGUGAUGUGUUGAACUUUAACUAUGGGCAGGAAGAUACAAAGCUUACAGAGAUGCCCCCGUAUCACUCUCUCAUCAAGUCUGCGAGCACUCCAAACACAGCCAGGCCGGCCUCUGAGGAAAGGCAGGGGAAUCCCGAACUCAGACAAGCCUCUGCCUCUAACACACCAACAGGGGCCUCAGCUUGUAAGCUUCUGAACGAGAACCUCAGGGUCUCCAGUCUACAUUCUAUAAUCCAGACCUCUGCUUUUGGAAACAAGUUCAAAGGUGGUCAAGUUUGUGAACCCUCUCGUCCUCUUCCUGAUUCCUCCCAAGUCACUGCCUUGGUAAAUGCCAGUGGUGUCAGAGAAAGUCUUCCAAGUCACGUGCUCGGCAAACAUCCUUUACAACAGAUUGUCCGGCUGGACAAUAAUAGAAAAGUUAUGUUGGUGCUACCUCAGGUUACCAUGACGACAGAUGCUGUGAGUGGACCUGUGAUGGCCCCAGUGAAUGUGCCGACUAUGAACAGUGAUGCUGUACCAAAGCACUACUACAAACUGUGUCUGAAUGCGAACAAUUUGAAAAGACCUGCAUCCAUCAGUCGAGCUGUAGCUGCUCCUGGAGCCGUUCCUAUCAAGCAGGAACCAUGUGACAGGGCACAGAAGAAACGCAGAAUCCAAGUUGAUGAAGUAUUGGACUUAACAGGAGAUUCUGACACUGAUGCCGGCAUGGACAACCACUCCACCAGCAGCAGCGACAGCAGCGACACUGAUCUGCCUUCGUUUCUGUGAUAAGAAAUGUCUUUGUCUGUGUCACUAGAGCGGCCAUACAACACGUGGUUCCUCUGUUUCAUAGAGAUUUUAUGAUUUUAACUGAUUGUUACGAUGAGGUAUGAGUGCAAUAGUGGACUGUUGGAGAUUAUGUGGACCAAAUACACAGCCUUAGAAAUUCACGCUGGUCUGCAAGCCUGAGACUACUAAAUUGUGCUGAGGACAAGUCAAGUUCCAAUGAUGCUCAUCAUCAUUGACUUGCAGCAUUUGAGUGCUGUAAUUCUGAACCCGGGCGAUCGGGUAGCCUAGUGGGUAAAGCGUUCGCUUGUCACGCCGGAGACCCGGGUUCGAUUCCCGACUUUGGUACAUUGUGUGAAGCCCAUUUCUGGUUCCCCGCAGUGAUAUUGCUAGAAUAUUGCUAAAGGCGGCGUAAAACCAUACUCACUCACUCACUCACUCACUAUAAUUCAGAACCAGUUCUCAAGGCAUCAAUUUUGCUACAAAUUGGAACUGAAUAAAACUGGCAGAAAAUGUAAACACAGUAAACAAUUUAGUCUUGCUCAAGCAGGACCAGCUCCAAAACGAAUUUCUAAGGCUGAUUACUACAGACGACCAUGGUGUUUGAUUUACUUUGUGCCCAAGGCAUUUUAUGAUGGUUCUUGUAGAGAUUUAAGGGACUCAGUAGAUUCAGUACUGCAUGAUAUCAAAAUGAAUAGUUAACUUUUACAUUUCUCACGUUUUCAGAACAAUGAGAAAUAUUGCAUGCUUUUCAAAGCUGGGUACUUGUAUCACUUUGCCAUGCCUCUGCUUUUGGGGUAAACAGGUAAUGCAUUUUAUUUACCAGAAUUCUUUGUAUGAGGCUUGUCAUUAUUAUGCUAUUAUGUGCGGCAUUCAACAACAAACAAAAUAUAAAGCAAAAUUAAGCUCGCUCAGUAUUGUUUUGAUAUGCGACCCCCAUUGUCAAUUUUUAGAGCACCCAGGGUGCUUAUUACAACGAAUACAGUAAUGUUUUUUCGGUGUUACUGAUUUUUGGGAAUCAUGUGGUUAAGGAAUUAACCCAUGGAAACUGUGUCUAAAUCAUCACUUGUCGAUCCAUAAUUGGCUGUUUGGAGAUUCCGAAGUACCAUGGUUUAAUUUGUUAAAAUUAUGGGGGUAAUGUUUGAGAUUGUUCAUGGUAUGAAGACUUAGAGAGACUUGAAAUGUAGGCAGGGUUAGGCCUUAAAGUUUAUCCAUGUUUUGUUUCCAUUCAUGUAUGUAUAGUUCUUCCACACAUAGUCCCUGUUAUUGAAGUGAUUGGUGUACAUUAUCUGACAUUGCAAUGGUGAUCUUUGAAUUUUGUGGUGAUCAAGUUUGACAACAUCUUUAUAACCAAUCUAACACAAUGUUUUCAAAUCCAAUUUGUUGUUAUAUGGAAACUGUCGACUGUCUGACUGUUUGGCUUAUUUGUAAACAAUUAUAUGUUUACAUGAUGGUUUUGUUUACGAAACAUUUCCCAAACUUACAUGUGAGAUACAAACCCUUAUUACUGUCUUCCUGUAACCAUGGAUACUGAUGGAAGAAGAACUAAGGCAACAUCACUCAACGGCAGCUGUGGUUUGACAUUAGGGUGUGCUGAUUUACCAGCAGUCUGCGACUUUAGCCACUUGUCCGAGGCCAGAGUCAAGUCAAAUUCUGUUCAGUCUAGUAAGCUCAGCAAAGAUAGUCCACAUAAUGACACUAAAUUCUACUGAAAAUGAUGAUAAAAGGGGGUUCGGGCUGGUCGUCACAAACCCGUUUGGCACAGACUGUACCGAGUUGCAGUGUUCUGUCAUCAGGUGUGAGGAGGGCAUAGUCCUGAGAUUAUUAACCAAAUAUGUCUGUUUGGGGUGAAACGACACAUCGGUGCAUUGUAUUUAGAUGUGAUGAUCCUGUACAUGAUAGUAUCAUGUACAGGAUCAUCACAUCUAAAUACAUAUCAUGAUGAUACCUUUCUUUCUGUAUCGAUACAAGACAAUAAUACACUUGCUGAAAUAAAUAACUUACUACUCUUUAAAGACCCUUUUUUGGUAGUCAAAUAUUGGAAAAUGUGUUGUUAGUAGCAUUUCAAGUUCACUUCUAGAAAUAGCCCCUACAAACAUGUGUCUACAGCCAGCUUUUCCUUUUGAAUCUGCUCUGCAAUAUUUAUUGUCAAGAUUCCAUGUGAUUUGACCUAAAUAUGCAGACUUAAUGCAUACUACCCAAAAGAGGUACAGGACAGCAGAUUCUUUCAUAUUACUACAGUUAAUCUGUCAUGCCAUGACAGAAUAUGAAAGAAUCAUGUGGUCCUUAUCAUCUUUAUAUCAGUCACACAAUCGACCAGGUAGGUCUGGUUCUGCCCCCUUUAUAUCAGUCACACAAUCGCCCAGGUAGGUCUGGUUCCGCCCCCUUUAUAUCAGUCACACAAUCGCCCAGGUAGGUCUGGUUCCGCCCCCUUUAUAUCAGUCACACAAUCGCCCAGGUAGGUCUGGUUCCGCCCCCUUUAUAUCAGUCGCACAAUCACCCAGGUAGGUCUGGUUCCGCCCCCUUUAUAUCCGUCACACAAUCGCCCAGGUAGGUCUGGUUCCGCCCCCUUUAUAUCAGUCACACAAUCAACCGUGUAGGUCUGGUUCCACCCCCUUUAUAUCAGUCACACAAUCGACCAGGUAGGUCUGGUUCCGCCCCCUUUAUAUCAGUCACACAAUCGCCCAGGUAGGUCUGGUUCCGCCCCCUUUAGAUCAGUCACACAAUCAACCGGGUAGGUCUGGUUCCGUCCCCUAUAUAUCAGUCACACAAUCAACCGGGUAGGUCUGGUUCCGCCCCCUUUAUAUCAGUCACACAAUCGACCAGGUAGGUCUGGUUCCGCCCCUUUUAUAUCAGUCACACAAUCGACCAGGUAGGUCUGGUUCCGCCCCCUUUAUAUCAGUCACACAAACGACAAGGUAGGUCUGGUUCCACCCCUUUUAUAUCAGUCACACAAACUACAAGGUAGGUCUGGUUCCGCCCCCUUUAUAUCAGUCACACAAUCGACCAGGUAGGUCUGGUUCCGCCCCCUUUAUAUCAGUCACACAAUCGACCAGGUAGGUCUGGUUCCGCCCCCUUUAUAUCAGUGACACAAUCAAUCGAGUAGGUCUGGUUCCGCCCCCUUUAUAUCAGUCACACAAUCGACCAGGUAGGUCUGGUUCCACCCUUUUAUAUCAGUCACACAAUCGACCAGGUAGGUCUGACCUAGUUCAUCAGACUGACGCAACAUGACUGUGAUACUCCUUUCUGCCUUCUCGUUUCCCACAUUCACCAUGAUGGUAUCCACUGAAGGAAAGUGCUUCUAUCUAUUCAGCUAUAAUUUUUUAUGCUCAGUUUGUAUUUUGUUUGUACAUUGUUACUCGCUAGUUGCUGUUUUAUAUGAAUGGUCUUCCAUUGCUCACAGAAUCAAACAUGAAUCAUAUAUGAUAAAUGACUGAAUCAAGGAGAA